CCUCCCACCCCUCGCUCCAGAUUUAGACCUCAGUCUCUCCCAGGCACAUGGACCCAGCUGUCCGCAGUACAGGAUUCCAUCACCAAACUCUUUGUUUUGCACUUCCUGUGUGUCUCCUGGCCCUCUUCACCAUGCCUUCCCUCCUUCAUAUUCAUCGCCUCCUCAUCUGAGAUGGUUUUUAUGCCAACAUUGCCACUCGGCACAGACUGCCGUGCUCUGUGAUGCCAAUCCCUUCUUUGAACACCUUGGUUCCACAAAGGUAGAUCUACCAGUCUUCUUGGUCAUGGAGGCUUUUGCAGAGGUCCCCUUGUUUGAGAUGGAUGAGUAUGAGGAAGAGGAAGUCCUCUCCAUGAGGAGCAAAGGUGCCUCUUCAUAUGCUACGUACCCCAUGGCGCCUCCUGCAGGAACAGACCCUGACGCUUACAUUUACAUGAACUUCAUGAAAAGUCACAGUUGCUACGAUGCCAUGCCCAGAAGCUCCAAACUGGUCAUUUUUGAUACAACACUGCAGGUGAAGAAAGCUUUCUUUGCAUUGGUGGCUAACGGUGUGAGAGCAGCACCCCUGUGGGACAGCAAGCUGCAGUGUUUUGUAGGAAUGCUUACUAUUACGGACUUCAUUAAUAUCCUCCAUCGUUACUACAAGUCUCCUCUGGUUCAGAUCUACGAACUGGAAGAACACAAGAUAGAGACAUGGAGAGAAAUCUAUCUACAGUACUCUGUAAACAGGCUCAUCAGCAUCAAACCUGAGUCCAGUUUGUUUGAUGCCAUCUACUCCCUGUUAAAGAAUAAGAUCCACCGGCUGCCGGUUAUUGACCCAACUUCAGGAAAUGUCCUCCACAUCCUGACUCACAAGCGCAUCCUAAAGUUCCUUCACAUCUUUGGAUCCAUGAUUCCCAAACCCAGGUUUCUUCAAAAGCAGAUCAACGAGGUGCCCAUUGGUACAUUUAGGCAGAUUGCAACGGUCCAGGAAUCUGCUUCUGUCUACGAAGCUUUGGCUAUUUUUGUGGAAAGAAGAGUAUCAGCCCUUCCUGUGGUUAACGAACAAGGCAAAGUUGUGGCACUGUACUCCAGAUUUGAUGUCAUUAACCUUGCAGCUCAAAAGAAUUACAACAAUUUAAACAUGACAAUGAAAGAGGCCAUUGCAUCAAGAUCCUGUUGGGUGGAAGGGGUCCUCAAGUGUUAUCCCCACGAAACUCUGGAGACCAUCAUUGACCGUAUAGCAAAGGCUGAGGUUCAUCGACUAGUUUUGGUCGACAGAGAAGAUGUGGUGAGGGGGAUUGUCUCUCUUUCUGAUAUUCUGCAAUCUCUGGUUCUCAGUCCUGCAGUAUCAUCAUCAACAACCAUCAACAAUAUCCAUCUCUCCUAUGAAAAGCCAGUAUCCCAGAUAUUUACAAGUGGCCAAGCCUUCAAGUGUAAAGGAAAACAAGAUGGCAGCGGGUGAUGUAAAACAGGAUGAUAACAUGACAAAGUAAAGCCCAUUGGAGCAGAGCUUCACAACGGCACAGGAGCAGGAUGCGCCAGGACAACAAAUUCAGCUUUUCCAUGAAGGCAAAGCUUCUGAAUGAGUGACAGACGAAGAAAAAAGGAGGGAAAUAAAACUGAAGAUGCUCAUGGAAA